AUGGUAACGGCGGACGCUGCAAAGGACAGUUUAAGGGUCCAAAAGACCCAGAGGUGUUCUGAUCCGCUGGUUUAUGUUCAGGUCACUUUUCAGCAUCCGGAGGUCAGUGAGGACACAGUAACCUUUGACCUCCACUCUUCUCCUGUUUUCCAACAGUUCUGGAUUCUGUCUCUUCCUGACAUGUCCUUGCCGCGGGUGGGAGUGGUUAGAGACUCCAUGAGGACCAAUCCGAGGAUCAUCCAGGUGGAUGUGGGUCAGAGUCUGUCCAGAGGUUUUUCUCUUCCUGGUCCACAUUUCACCAAUGGAAUCAGCAGCAGUUCACCUGGAGAUGGAGGUGUGGCCGAAGCUCUAUCCAGCUGGAGGGUCGUGACCUCAGAGAGAGACUCUCCGGCUGCUGUGGACUUUGUGGCUCUGAACCGUGCUGCGGUGAAGUCCGGCAUGGUCACAGCCAAAGAAAUGAGGGAGUAUCAUGCACAGAGGGGCGGAGCCAGCAAGAAGUCUGCCUGUAAACAAUUUGUCAGGGCGACGCAGCAGCCGGCGGAACCAGAUGUCACGUUUGGACUCAAGAACAGGCCACCAUCUCCACUGACAGACGUGCUGUCUCAUCAGUACGCUCGCCAAUGGCUGGACAAGCAGCUGAGCAGGGAUCAAACCUGCAACCAGAGACUCCAGGGCAGGAAGAAAGCAGCUGCUGUUGCAGAUACCAGGUCCAGCCUGCUGAGGGCGACCAGGGUCCUGCCACAAACACAUACUGAGCACAAACAAGCCAACAAGGUUGCUCCGGCUCUGGACACCUUCAGGAAGCCGGAAGCUCAUCUCCAUGCCUUCAGGACUCACGAGUCAAACUCCAAGAAAGGGGCUCCGGGUGCGGACACGGACGGUCUGCACUGA